AUGAAACCAGCGACUGCCCCGUGUUGCUUCGGCUUUCUCCUGACUUGCCUCUUGUUCGGCUCGAGCUCUUCGCAAUCAGAAUGUGCUGGAACAGAGAACAAGCUGAGCACCCUGUCGGACCUUGAGCAGCAGUAUCGCACCUUGAGGAAAUACUACGAGAACUGUGAAGUUGUAAUGGGCAACCUUGAGAUCACGAGCAUCGACCGCAGUCGGGACCUCACCUUCCUCAGAUCCAUCCGUGAAGUGACGGGCUAUGUGUUGGUGGCACUGAACCAGUUCGACUACCUCCCUUUGGAGAACUUGAGAAUCAUCCGAGGAACCAAACUCUACGAGGACCGCUACUCCCUCGCAAUCUUCCUCAACUACAGACGUGAUGGAAACUUUGGCCUGCGCCAACUCGGCCUGAAAAACCUCACAGAGAUCCUGAGUGGAGGUGUGUAUGUUGACCAGAACAAGUUCCUGUGUCAUGCGGACACAAUCCAUUGGCAGGACAUCGUCAAAAACCCCCGGACACAUCCUGUGGUGGUACCCAGCAACAGUAGUGCCACAUGUCAAAAGUGCAAUCGUUCCUGUAAUGGUCGUUGCUGGGGACCCAAAAGAGACCAGUGUCAGAGCUUAACUAAGACAGUUUGUGCUGAGCAGUGUGACGGCCGUUGCUUUGGUCCCUAUGUUAGUGACUGCUGCCAUCGUGAGUGUGCAGGUGGCUGCUUUGGACCCAAAGACACAGACUGCUUUGCCUGCACCAACUUCAAUGACAGUGGGGCAUGUGUGACCCAGUGCCCCCAGCCCUUUGUCUACAACCCCACCACCUUCCAACUGGAACACAACACCAGGGCGAAGUACACCUAUGGAGCCUUCUGUGUCAAGAAGUGUCCUCAUAACUUUGUGGUGGACCACAGCUCCUGUGUGAGAGCGUGCCCAAGUAACAAGAUGGAGGUGGAGGAGAACCGCAUUAAGAUGUGCAUUCCAUGUACUGACAUCUGCCCGAAAGCAUGUGAUGGCAUCGGUACAGCCAGCCUGCAGGCAGCUCAGACAGUGGACUCCAGCAACAUCGACAAGUUUGCAAAUUGCACCAAAAUCAAUGGCAACCUGGUGUUCCUCAUCACCGGGAUCAAAGGGGAUGUGUAUCACAACAUUGAAGCUUUGGACCCAGAAAAACUCAAUGUAUUCCACACCGUUCGAGAGAUCACAGGCUUUCUGAACAUCCAGUCUUGGCCUGACAACAUGACAGACCUGAAUGUUUUCUCCAACCUGGCAACUAUUGGGGGAAGAGCGCUGUACAGUGGGAUCUCCCUGCUGGUGUUGAAGCAGCAGGGCAUCUCAUCUCUGCAGCUCCAGUCCCUGAAGGAGAUCAGUGCUGGGAAUGUUCACAUUGCAGAGAACAGCCAGCUUUGCUACUACAACACCGUAAACUGGACCAUAUUGUUCCGGGCUCCAAACCAGAAGGUUCUGGUCCGCAACAAUCAGAGCCCACAGAAGUGCUCCAAAGAGCGCAUGGUGUGUGACCCGCUGUGUUCGGACACCGGCUGUUGGGGUCCCGGCCCAGACCAGUGCCUCUCCUGCAGAUACUUCAGCCGUGGACGGACUUGUGUGGAUACCUGCAAUCUUUAUGAAGGGGAUAUUCGGGAGUAUGCCAACGGGUCCGUGUGUGUGGACUGUGAUGCCCAGUGUGAGCUAGCUGACGAUGACUCUUUGACCUGCAACGGUCCGGGCCCAGAGCGAUGUGUGGAAUGCGUCCAUUUCAAAGAUGGUCCUAAUUGUGUUGAAAAGUGUCCCGAUGGCCUGCAGGGUGCCAACAGUUUCAUCUUCAAGUAUGCAGAAGCCAACAAUGAAUGUCAUCCCUGUCAUGCCAACUGCACCCAGGGAUGCAUUGGACCAAGACUGCAGGACUGUAUUGGCUGGAUGGACAGAACCCCUCUGAUCGCAGCAGGGGUGAUCGGCGGCCUCUUUUUGGUGGUGAUCAUGGUGCUGAGCGUCGCAGUGUCUGUGCGCCGGAAGAAUAUCAAGAAGAAGAGAGCCCUCCGUCGCUUCCUGGAGACUGAGCUGGUGGAACCUCUAACACCAAGUGGAACUGCACCCAACCAAGCCCAGCUUCGCAUCCUGAAAGAGACAGAACUCAAAAGGGUCAAGAUCCUCGGGUCAGGGGCCUUCGGCACCGUUUACAAGAGUAUAUGGAUACCAGAGGGGGAAACCGUGAAGAUCCCUGUAGCCGUUAAAAUCCUAAAUGAGGCCACGGGACCCAAGGCUAACGUGGAGUUCAUGGACGAGGCCCUGAUCAUGGCUAGCAUGGAGCACGCCCACCUGGUCCGCCUGCUGGGUGUCUGCCUGAGUCCCACCAUCCAGCUGGUCACACAACUGAUGCCUCAUGGGUGCCUGCUCGACUAUGUCCUGGAGCACAAGGACAACAUCGGGUCCCAGCUGUUGCUCAAUUGGUGUGUCCAGAUUGCCAAGGGUAUGAUGUAUCUCGAGGAGCGUAGGCUGGUCCACAGGGAUCUGGCAGCCCGAAACGUCCUGGUCAAAUCUCCCAACCACAUCAAGAUCACCGACUUCGGUCUGGCUCGGCUGCUGGAUGUUAAUGAGAAGGAGUAUAAUGCUGAUGGAGGAAAGAUGCCCAUCAAAUGGAUGGCACUGGAGUGUAUCCAUUACAGGAAAUUUACUCAUCAGAGUGAUGUUUGGAGUUACGGGGUGACCAUCUGGGAGGUGAUGACCUUUGGUGGGAAGCCGUACGAUGGGAUUUCCCCCAGAGAUAUCCCAGACCUGCUCGAGAAAGGAGAACGUCUUCCGCAGCCUCCCAUUUGCACCAUCGACGUCUACAUGGUCAUGGUCAAAUGCUGGAUGAUUGAUGCAGAUAGUCGACCCAAGUUCAAGGAGCUUGCUGCAGAGUUUAUUCGGAUGGCUCGAGAUCCCCAAAGAUACUUGGUCAUUCAGGGUGACGACCGCAUGAAGCUGCCCAGCCCCAACGACAGCAAGUUCUUCCAGAGCCUCUUGGACGAGGAUGAGCUGGAGGACCUGAUGGAUGCUGAAGAGUACCUGGUGCCACACUCCUUCAACAUCCCACCACUGGCAUACACUCCCCGCACACACAUGGACUCUAACAAGAACCAGUAUGGCUACCAGGACCCCAGUUUCAGCAUGGAGGACAUGCUGGCGAACCUUCCCAGAGGGGUCUCUGUUCCACCCGUGACUGGAGGCUGCCUCCCACCUCAGGACCUGUCCUCAUGUGGGCAGAUUGGUGGUGGAUUUUGCCGUGGCAUCCAGGACGACCCUCGUUGCAAUGGAACCCUGAGGAAGCAGGCCUGCCCAAGGUCAAAUACCUUGGUGCCUGGUUCAGCUCUCGCUGCAGGACAAGGUGGAGGGGAGGACAGUAAUGGACAACGUUACAGUGCCGAUCCCACCGGUCUUUUAGCAGAACGAGUAACAAAAGGAGACAAGGACCAGGAUGGCUACAUGACUGCCAUGGGAGACAAGAGCACUUCAGUCGAGGAAAACCCCUUUGUCACACGGCGUAGGAAUGGCGACGCCCAUGCAGUAAUUGAUGGAGCGGGUUGCCACACCCUGCACCUGUCUGGAGCUGCUGCUCCCCCCAAGAGCCAGUCCACACACGGGGAGGACGACUAUAUCAACGAGCCUCUGUAUUUGAAUACCUUCCUUAACCCUGGAGACAAGAACGGAUUGGCUGGUGCGGUCUCCAUCCCUGGCCCUGGGUCCUCUGCUGCCCAAUCAGUAUCACAGACAGUCAACCCAUCAACAUCAAGCCACGUGGUUUCCUCCUCUGGAUACGUAGUUCCCCCUGGCCACCUCCCUCAUCCAUCGUAUCCAUCACACACCAUGCAUUCAGGGCAUUCAGGACACGCUUUGCACUCGGGCAACACCAGCAGCACAAUCAUGUUUGAUAAGAAGGGCAAGAAGGCUACUUUUGACAAUCCGGAAUACUGGCAGCACAGUUUACCCCCAAAGUCCUCACUGCACAACCCUGAGUACCUGCAGGACUGCAGCACACGCUUCUUCUAUCGGCAGAAUGGACGCAUUCGCCCUGCUGUGGCCGAAAACGAGGAAUAUUUGUCUGAGGCUGCUAUGAAAGCUGGCAAUGUGUUGCCACCCCCUCCAUACAGACAGAGGAACACUGUCGUGUAGUGACCAAUCUGUAGCACAAUAGAGGGAUGAAUAGAGGGAAAGAGGUAAUGAUAAAUGGGCGUUCAACAGUCCUCUUGUUUUCAUGCAGUACUUCUCACCCGGGGGUCUCCUUGCAACUUCCCUGAACAUGUUUUUCUGUUAUGUCUGGUUCCAAGUCUUUUAGUCUUGCGCUAAGGUUCUGCCUUUUAUUGGCAGUACUACAAUAGCAGUCACUGACACCCUCACUUGACAAUAAAACCAUAUUUCUUUUGCUCCAUAUUUGACCAUAGAAGCAAGCAGACAUUUCUCUUUGUGGUUGGUUUUAUUCUGCAGCACAUUGUCCUGCCAUGUUAAGUAUCAGAACAGCACCAAAACGGCAUCAUAAAAGAAAGGACAUGUUUCAUCAGGGAAAGAAAUCAGAGGAGAAAUUAACUAAGGCUCGCCCAAAGAGAGGAUUAUCGCCAUGACCCUACAUGGUUUUCUUUAUACACCCAUCAUCUACAUUCCUUUUAGCACAUUACCACUGAGAUAAAUGUACCAUUGCAGUGUGCACACAUCACUAUUGCCUGUGUGCAAUUAACAGACACAUGCACAUGGAGGUGUGUCGUGACUUACCAGCCAACCUGCAGUCAAGCUGAAGAUUCCAGGUGUGGCUUGCAUGCUUGCCAACACGCUUCCUUUACUUUUACAUGGUGCUGCACUAGUUAUGGAAAUAAAACAUAUUUUAGACACAGCUGAUAUCAUACCUAAAACAUGUUAACAUGCCUGCAGCCUUGACACACCAAUAACAUCCAUGCAUCAAUUCAUAAGCAAAUACACGCAGUGUGACAGAUAAGCUUGAUGCCACUCAAUUGACUGUAAGACUGUCUGUGUGGAUAAUGUCAGUCAGUGCUGCAGUACAGAGAAAGGGGUCAACAGAAAAGUAAAUGUCACUGCAGUUUUAUGGAAAGCUGUGUACCUGCCACUACCUGGGGCAAAGCGUUGGAUGGAUUAUUGGCCUCGCCCGGGUGUGAUUUUAAAGGUUGAUCACUCAGAAGACUCUUCUUCUUCCACUUUCCUACACAAUUCAUUCCGAAGAGCCAAAAGAAUUAUCAGAAUUGUAACCAGCAUCUUGACUGACAUAACCAAUGGUAACUGCAGUGCAAGGAGUAAUGUUGUAAUGGAAAUGGUGCUUGUGAAUGGACAGAUAUUUUAUCAGGGGAAUGGUGAUGGUGUAUAAAAAAGGAAAUAUCCAACAUUAUGAAAUCGGGAUCGGAACUGUUUUCUUUGUCACCGAAUCAUUACGCAAACAGCACAGACACCGGGCCACGAAAGAGCACUGUGGUCGUGACAAAAAGGCAGAGCUGUAAAUAACCAAAUUAUGUCAAUUACCAGACAGAUACAAUGCCAGAAAAAGGCUUUGUGAACAGAGCUGUGACUGGAGGUACAUUUUGCACCUCUGUGUCCAUACUAUUGUAUGUUAUAAAAGCAGAACAACUAACGUUGACCAUGUAGUACUUGCUCUGUCACCUAGCAUGAAUGUGGAACAGGAGGAGAGACUGUCUAAGACUGAAACGGUCCAAGGAGGCCUCUUCCAGAUUUGUACCAUGAAAAUAUAUGAUCAAAUGAGACAUUUUAUUUUCUAUUGGUAUUUGACAUUGAUGGUGAGACAUUAGAAGUUAUCACUGUAUUCACUGAUGGCUAGCUUUUUGUACAAUACUGCCAGAUGCCACAGUAAACUCUGAUGGAGACCUCUAGCAUCUGUCAUCAAAUGACUUUGAAGGCUAAUUCAGAAUGGGGUUGAUCAUUUAAAAGCUCUUACACAGCCAAAUUGCUUUGCUGUUAUUUGAACUUUAAGCGUCAAUUCCGUCUUUUUAUCUUUUCAUCAUGUUCAUACCGUAAUGUAUAGUCUGACGGUAAGGCUUAGUGUUAUCUGUUCCACCAAGCAUUUUACUAACAAAGGAGCAUCCCCACUCUAAACAAUAUCAAGAUAGUAAACGGUUGAGUUUGGGAGAUACAGAACAAUGUUCAAUGUCAGGGGAUAGAAAUCUGUCAAUUUUUCAGUAGCCUUUAGACAUACGCAGAUCCUUAUCCCUUUGAUAUCUCUAAUUUUACUAGACUAUUGCAGGCAGAUUUAAAGGAUUUUUGCAUCAAUGUGAUGAAAUACCUUGAUUCUUAAGAUAUUUCAUUCACUGAACUUAAGGGGAAUUUCCGACAGUUUUGGGACUCAAAAGAAAUCAGAAUUGAAGGAUUCCAAGUCUCUUCUAUUGGUUAAGCUCCAAGAACACAAAGUCCAACAAUCCCUAUAAUGCUGCACUAUCAAACUCAAUGCAGCUCAUUUCAUUUGACGCUUUUUAAUCCCCAAAAAACACGUCUGUAACCAAAAACAGACAUUUUAAUUUAUAAUCAGUUGCUCAAUUGAAUUUCCAGAAAAUGUACUAUUAUAUGACAUAAAGUGAUACAGGUAGAAAAUAAAUAUAUAAAUAAUCAAACACAUACCCUGAUUUUAGAUUUUCUUUUGUCAAUAGCGCCCACUCUGAGUAAUAGGUGAUAACUUUAUGAAUUAGGAGACUGACUAAUUCCUGUGCAUGUCUCACUGUUGACAUACCAAUACACAACCAUUGUUACACAACCUUGUGCCUGAAAAUACCAGGAAGAAGGAAGGUUCAGAGCUGCAAUGUUGAAGAUCGACUUUCCAAAAAUACAGAUGUCCCCCGGCAUAGUGUUUUCUCCCCCUCUCAGGUUUUAUGAGGAACAAUAAUCAUCCAGUUGAGCUCCAGCACAAGUUGCCACAUCAUAAAAAAAUUCAGAUAUCAAACCUAGAUUGAUUAGUGUUGUCACACUAAACGCACUGCUGAAAUGUGCAACUCAACAGAAAUGUGAAUUAUAUGGGUUGGGCGGCCUUGGUUUAAAGGUUCAGUCUUGAAGUGUUAAGUAUUAUUGCUAUUGCUCUGCUGCUGAUCUUAUUUAGCUCCAUUAGGUCUGUUCUGUCACAUUAUCUGAGAUCUUUAUUAAUAUGCUGUUUCUUGCUGAGCUUGAGCUCACACUUACAGUGUGUAUACUGUCUAUUUAAACGUGUGCAAGCGUCCAUUUUGUUUUUGUUGUUAAAAGUCAGUUAUGUCCGUCAAUUUUUGACAUCUACCACAAGGUAAUAUUUGCAGUGCCUGUACUACUGUGUGGCCAUGUGUUUAAGUGCAUUGACAGCAGAGGAGUCACCCAACGACUUCGUAAUGGAUCUCUAUGGAAAAAUAAAGCCAAUCUUCUGGAGGAGAAAACCUGCUGGUGCUUUUAGCCAGCAAGCAUCACAAGGGGCUUUUAGUUUUUUGAAUGCUAAUUCAUCCACUUUCCCUUGUUGUUCUGUGGGGAAAUCAUGUUACCCCAACAUCUCACCCAGUGCACCAGCUGAGAAACCGUGAAUGACAGGCAAUAGGUUGUGUUUUUGCAGGGGGGUUCAAACUAAGGUAUUAGCAUUCGAGGAAUGUUACCUGACCAAUGCAUCAAUGUUACAAAAGCUACUAGGGGAGAAGGUGCAAGUGCACUGUAACUGGAAGACGAGACCAGAGUAGAUUGCCAUUCUUUCUUUCUCCUUAGAGGUGACUGUAGAAUUGUAUGUAGCGUACACUGUUCUGCAGCAAGAACAGUGAAAGCUGAAAAGCAGUUAUGUGUUGAAUGAAUACAAACCAAGACGAAUACAAUCUGGAAAGAAAAAGGGAUUGUGGUCAAAUGUUAACACGAGUCAUAGUUUCAUGUGAAAAUGUAUUAUGUUAUGUCAAGGUGAGCGUUAUAGGUACAGUGGUCAUUUUUUAAAGGGGCACAAUGGGCCCUUUUCACACAAGCCAUUUUGAUGUGUCAUAGCAGGGUAUACACAGGUGUAAUUGAUUAAAUUAAUUAUGGUAACAAUCUAUUUCGUGUCACAGCCCGUCCAGUGAGCCAGCAUGCACAAAACCAGGGAACUGGCCAACCUAAAUGGAACUGGGCUAGAAUGAAUAUUAUUAUUUAUACCUGUGUUUACCCUGCACUUACAUGGCUACUCAGACAGUAAGCUGGCCUUUUCAUGACAGUUCUAUUCAUGUUGUGCAUCUACUUUUUUUGGAGGGGCGGGGGUGGUUAAUUUAAUUUGAGCAAAUGUUAUAAAGAGUAUUGUAAAUUAUGUCUAGCUGGCUACUAGCUAUGUCCCAACUCCGGGGCUGUUUGCCCUUCAUAAGAACUAAUGUCCAGGCUUAGUUGGCUAUAUUGUGCAACGAGACCAGAUUAAACGGACCAAAACAAUAGUUGUGUGCAGAUGCUCCUUGUCAACCCAUUAAGCUUCUGCAAGUUUUGUACAAGGCAUUGCCCUCAGACAGCCAAUGACAUUUAAAUACCAAUGGUUAUGUGGGGGAGGUUUUAUGAUUCCUGACUGGACAGUGUGACAAGUGGCAGGUUAGACUAGGUUAAUAAUGACAAUUUGCAAGUAGCUUCCGUUUAUAACCCUUUGGGAUUAACAUGUCAUGACUGCAAAGUAUAACAAACAAUGGGGUUCAUAGCUUCCAUCAUUUAGACCAUGCAGUGGUUUUGUAAUUGGUUCAGUUCAUGUGAUAUGAUUUAUAUCUGACAAAUAUAAACUUUUACAAGCUUUACUAGUUGCUGAGGUUUGCCUGACCACUCGGGUUAAAAAACUGAUUUCAACUGAUUGAUUUUGAGGACUGCAAAUGAUAAACCAGCUGUUUCCUCCAAAGCAAAGGCAAGCUUCAUGUUUCAUCACAUGUUGUAGGGCCUUUGAAAUGGGACAAAGGAGGGUCCAGCCCUCCUUAGUCCUUUUUGAUGUAUCUGGCCCAGAAAUAAAGACUAAGGAGGGUCCAGCCCUUGAACUGGGAAACAGUUAUUGUAUUUAUAGACUCUGGUCUAUAUCACUUUUGUAAGAUUUGAAUAUUCAUAUCAUGAGAACCUUUUUCACAGCAUUGUAAUAAGAAUCCACCUGUGGUCUAAAUGGACUUGCUGUAUUUGAUAAACACCAACGUUACUUUUCACAAAACUUUACUACUAAAUUCAAGUAGAAAUAGUUUUAGUCAAUGCAUCUUCAAGCAAAAACAUUUUGUUUAAAGGGAACCCAUAAAGCAGCAGACACAUACUCUGUCAUACUCUGAUUUUACCAUGUAUUAUAUGCAUAUAUUUUACCAUGCCAUUGAAACUGGCAUAAAUGACAGCGGUUGAGUAAGCACAGUUUACAAUGUAUUGAAUUGAUGGUAAAACUGUAACGAAAAGAAAAAGACGUUCCGAUAAUGGGUCAUCCGACAAGUUUACCAUUGUAAGAAAAAUAAAAAAUAAAAUAAAGGUAAAUAGUAUUUUUAUAAGUAGGUAAAAGGUGGCCAGGUACAUCUGUAAAUAGGAGAGUGAUGCUUCUUUUUCCAGCUGAAAAAAAUUAUUGGGUUUGUUUUUAUUUCUAUUUGCAUCAUUGCAAUCUUAGUGCUCCACUGAACUUUUAUUCAUUUCGUUGGGGAACAUAGUUAUCUGUCCCUGUAUGUAUAUUAAUAUGUAUAUAUUCAGCAUAUAUAUACACACACACAUAUAUAUAUAUAUAUAUAUAUAUAUAUAUUCUGUAAAUGUAAUUUGAAGAAUGAACUCUGAUUUUAAAAACACUUGCAGGAUCUCUUGUCACUCUAUCAGUUCCCCUGUGAUUGUGUAAUUGUGUUUUCAGCACAAGAUUUUUCUGAUUUUGUGUUUUGACCUCGACUCUUGCUAACUUUGGAGGAGUGAAUUUGAAUUUUUCGGGUGUAAUAUACCUCCCCUACCAUCCACGUUUCUCUCAGUAUUAUCCAUCUCUUGAGAUUUUUUUCAAGAUUUUGUACACAUGCUGUUGCAAUACUAAUGAAUAUUCAAUAUUUCAUCCCCUUUUCUUAGACCCUUUCUUAACCAAUGUUAAUAAUCCACCAGUGUCACUUUACACCCUGUGUUUUAAGGACCUAUACUAUAUUUCCUUGAGUCGUUUGAAUAGUUUCUAUUUGCACUGAGCUCAGUCAUUGUUUACUUUCCGAUGAUAUUCAGUUCUUCAUCCAUUUGGGGCAAUACUGAUUGAAUGGUGGAGCAAUAUAAUGUUACAGCCCCCAGAGGGAUUUAUUGGUGUUGGAGAGACAAAGUGCAAGAAAGUUUGCAUGGGUUGGAUCGAUCGUAUGAAUUUCUGAUAUUUGCUUGUACAGAAGUUUGUACGUUAACUUGUUUUGGCCUCAGAAGCCUCAGUGUAACAGGACUUUGGUAUUUCCAUUCCACAGGAUCUUUACAGACUUGUUGGGAGUUUGGCCCAUUUCUCACCUUACCUAAAUCUGAUGUGAAGACUGGCACCAAAAUCAUCAUGUUGAACACUUUUCUUUGUGUCGUGAAUCAGCAGUUCGUCACAAUACUGAUGUCAAGUGUUGCUGAUGCUUAUUAACUGAGGUUGAAUGGUUUGUUAAAUUUUCAAUCAAAACCUUUCAGGGUUUUAUGGAUGCUCAAUUUGACCAUUUGAAUACACUGUAAGUUAUAAUUGAUAUUUCAAUUAUGGAAGAUUCAUGCACCACCUGUGUUGUUUGUGAACUAAAGGUUUUGUGCUGUUUUCUGAUAAUGCUGUAGACUUUACAGAAGAUGAAUACUAAAAUCUUGAUUUCAAAAGGUACUUCAUCAUCAAUUUUGGAUUAUUUUUCAUCAUCAUUUUUAUAUAUUGUUUAUCCCAGACAGAAUACCUAUAGGCCCACUGUACAGUUACCAUUGGAAAGUGUAUGGGCAUUUGCACAGAUGAUUUUGGCACCAAUCCUGUUAUUUAAAAUAUACACAUUUACAUAUACAUUUAGUAAAGUGGUCAGUUUGGCAAACGUCUCAAAAGUCAAUGUGUUUGUUUAAAAGUACAUUAAAGUUUAUUAGAACGGAUAUUUUAUCAUAAACAAGAUAAUAAAUGAUCAUUGCUUUGUAUCAGAAUGACUGAGAACUAAGUUUUAUAGACCAUAUAUCAUCACAUAUUACCAUUUAAAAAAAGAUUCUCUUAACUGGUUAAUUGACACAUUUCCGAAGCUAGAACAUUUAAAUAUGUAUUCCCUCUGUUUUGUUACAUGAAUCUGUCAAAACUAUAUUUUUAAUUCAAUAUGAAUAAAGAUCAGUCAAUAUUU